AUGUCAUACAAGGUUGAGGAGCUGCUCGCGCUGAGGGACUCAGUUUCCGAGUCCGCCGUUUCAAUUGAGAAGUUCGCCGAUGAAGACGUGAUCAAAGAGCACGUCUUGCGGCCCUCCGCGUCAGCUACCUUGGCUGCUGCGUCUUCAACCAAGAGCCUCCGUUCUUCUGCUACGCCUUCCCUUGCACCGGCGGCACCUGUCAAGAAGCCUUCGCCAUCCCCUUCAAUCAAGCGCGGCAAAGCCGAGAGGCUUCUCAAGGAACACGGCAGCCCUCCGGGUAUGCGUGUCACUGCCGGUGGACGCAUCGUUCCGAGUGAUCAACCGCCUGUAUUGAACCCGCGCUUCAUCAACAACGCGUUCAAACCCCCCGCACUUCGAGGAAUCACUCCCAGCAGCACCAUGUCUGCGCAACCGCGCCUUGAAACCAACAACAUCCCACGGCUGGAAGUCGUAGGAAGCCAGCCUGUUCUCUAUGUCGGCGACCGCGCCUAUGCACUUCCUGCCCUUGACGCGACAAAUGCAGCUGCUUCAUCUUUGGUCCCCACGAAUCUGGAGUCGGCCCCAAAUCACGCGGAACCCGUUUCAGGACUUUCCGCUCGAAGCAGCUUCACUAGUGCAGCUCUACCCCCACAACGAGGGAAUACACCUUCGCCGUGGUCUGGUCUCGACCUGUCAGCUCUCAAGGCCCAGCAGACGAUGAGGAAGCAGGAGCUUCGUACCGUAGAACAGACCGAGGUGCUCCAAGCUAGCCACCAAACUGAAGCCUGGCGCGCCGGUGUUAUUGAGAAGAAGCGAAACUUGAUCAUUGAGCUCGAUGCACUACGCAAGCAGAUUACUGCACUCGAGGCAAAUGAAAACAACAACGCUCCACCCGUACCGUCAAAUGGUUUUGCCACUACUCUAGGAGCAACUUCUGCUUCAAUGCCACCGCCUCCGUUUGUUCCACAGUUCCAGCAGCCCAUGCCCUCCCCUCUGUACGGGUUUCAGGGUACGCCUUCAUAUCCUCCUAUGAUGAUGUUUCCACAAUCCUUCGGAGGCUACCCCAGCAUGCCGGCCACAGACUCUGCGCCCUUUGUACAGAAUCCUGUUCAGGUGCCGCAGUCUCCUGGCUCUGCGAGUCGGCGAUCCCACGCGAUUCAGAUCAAGCCACCGCCCGAGGAAAGCAAGAAGCAACUCAGCUCAGCGCUCGACCCGAAGAGCCCCACCUACGAGCCUAUCACGACGACGACUGCCGGUAACGAUGCUGUUCCUCCGACGCCAUCACCAGCCAAGCGAUCUCCAUGGCGAACCAAUGGUGUUCCUCAGUCAGACCAACCAGGGAAUCGAACCCUUUCUCAGAAGCCUAGUUUGUCUAGCAUCGACACUACAGACUUCUUCCCUACCAAUACACAUGAGCACUCUUCCACCCGAGUUGCUCCACAAGUCCAUGAGCCAAUGUCUACUACCAAUGAGACCUCCGGGGUUCCAUCAACACCUGAGAGGAACUGGCCAGCCAGUCCUUGGAAUGAAGGCAAUUCCAGUCGCUCCAGUCAUAAAGCAGUUACCAAACUGACUUCAUGGCCAGAGGCGUUUGGCAAGAAGCCCUCUAGUGGAUCACUGCGACAAGUUGCCGCUGCUCCAACUUCCGCCACGGUGCAAGAGCGCGUCCCGCUGCCUUCAGUCGAACCCAAGAAGUCGGCCUUCUCGAGCAACACGUCGGGACGCAAGACAAUUGACCAGCGAUUUGGUACGGAUGAGACCUGGCCUUUGAUCAGUUCCAAGCCAAUCAACCACGUGCCCUCGACCUAUCAAGAAGGGUUUCAAGCUGGUUAUGAUCACGUAGGAAUUCCGGACAGUCCCGAUGUUCUAAAGGGUUACAUCCAGGGUCUCGUUCAAUUUCUUCAUGACGAAGAUAAACGGGGUCGAAACAACUCUCUCCGUGGUCUGGUGGCCGGCUCUCAGCCUCAAGACUCUGCCAUCAGCAUGACUUUCAACCGUUCCGAUGCACCCGUCAGUAGCCAGGAGAAUAUUCGAUCUGCUAGAGGCAACCCUGCCGUCGAAAUGCACAAGGAAUCCGCAUACACCACCCCCGAAUCUCCAUUCGUGUACACGCUGCCUAGCGACGCUCUACAAGACCAACGCAUGCGCAACUUGAAGCCCAACAUGUACAUGAACUCUGCUGGUACCUUGGAUCGAGUCUCUCCUGCGUAUCAACAAACCACGCUGCCAUUCACUGAGAAUGGCUUGGGAAGGAAGGACUCAGAGAAAGGUAGUAUGUCCCGGACAGAAAUCGCGAAGAUAGGCUAUACAUACAGGCAGUUCUCUGGCAAUCAACUCACCAAUCGAACUUAUGGAACACCUGUUUCCCUACAGCGGUACAAUCAGACUGCGCAAGAUUACGGCAUGCCAGCUUCCGGUGGUAUCCCGUCCUUCGCUCGGCCAAUGGCUAAUCAGCGCGUGUCAGGCCUUGAUGGUGCGAUGGAUGACCUGGCAGAAAUGGUUGUUGAUACCCACAUCACCGAGCAAUCGCAUCAACAGCCGCACCCACAAAAUCCGCCUCAUGCAUCUGCGGGUCAGCGACCUGCUGGCGCUUCGGGUUCUUUGGUAUUCGUCGAAGAAGAUGCCUCUUGUUUCCGGUCUUCGUCUAGCAAAGGAAAGCAAAAGAUGACCUCAUCUCCUACCAAACUAGCUUCGAACGAGCGAAGCGACGCGGCUGCACCAUCUCCAGCCAAUACACCUGGUUCGCCGAAGAAGUCCGGGGAGCACUCGCCUGCCAAGGCCAAGCUUGAGCAAGUCACCAACAAGUUUAGGCGCAGGAAGAAAGACUCACGCAACCUUUCGCCGGAGCAGAAGAAAGAGCGUGCGAAGAAGUGGCGCGAACGUUUCGGACAGCUCAGGGACGAGGAGGCGAAGAACAUCCAGGACUACAAACAGAACCACCCCUCGAGUGCGGUGCGACGCUGA